CUCACCACAAGUCACCGUCGUGCGCAGCCAGCCUGUGCAAGUGCGUACGUGGCGCCAUGCUUUCCGCCAUGCACAGAACAGUGUGCACACUGUUGAUUCUGCUUCUGUCUCUCCCGAAUGUCUUGGUUGCGCAAAACCCUGAACACACCCUGUCAUCCUUCGAAAAUCUCCCAGCACGACUGUUUUAUUUCGAAGAUACCGUCUCCGCAAUAUAUCACGAUGCCAUGACAGGCGACGUAUACGUGUCGCAAGACGAGGGCAAGUCGUGGAAACGCGCCGAGGACAUACCGAAGGGCGCAGCCUCAAUUGUCAUCGAACACCCCUUCGACAACUCCUACGCGUUUGUCUUGACGCGUGGCAAAACCCACUACCGAACAGAUGACCGAGGCAAAACUUGGAGAUCAUUCGAGGUCCCUAUCGCAGCUGCGCCCGUUGCGAAGCCACUCUCCUUCCAUUCGGACCCCAAGAACUACGGAUACAUACUCUUCCAAGGCACCGCAUGCACCAAGUCUGGUUGGAACUCGACUUAUGUAACUACGGAUGCUUUCAGUACUACGCCCCGGCGGAUGCUCUCUGAGACGUCUCAGUGUGUGUUUGCUCACAGCAGCGCAGACUUCAAACACGAAGCCGAUUCUAACCUCAUCUACUGUGUCGCUUUUGACACGGAAAUGACAAGCCAUGGGCACUCUCUUGGCUCUUCACGGCUGUAUUCCAGCACAGACUUCUUCGCCAAGGAGAAGAAAGUGGAGGACUUGGGGAUCGGGAAGGACGCGAAGGGUGUUGUUGCAUUCGCUAUCGUCUCCAAAUUUGCCGUCGUUGCAUUGAAGGACAUGUCUCCCCACACGUCGGGAGAUAUGUUGCUGUACGUGACUUUCGACACCAAGACCUGGGCCAAGGCACGGUUCCCACAUGCGUCGUCCGCUACGUUACGCGAGAACGCAUAUACUCUUGUCGAAUCCACGACUCACUCUCUGGCUGUUGAUGUCGUUUUGCAAGAUCAAGGCGCGAUUGGUACCUUGUUUGUCAGCAAUUCCAACGGGACGUUCUUCGUGGAAAGUCUCAAGGACACGAAUCGGAACCAGUGGGGCUUCGUGGACUACGAACGUAUCUAUGGUGUCGAAGGUAUUGGCAUAGCGAAUGUCGUCUCGAACGCGCAGGAUGUGGAGGGCAGGGGCCAGGCCAAACUGCUCAAGUCUGUGAUCACUUUCGAUGAUGGCCGGUCCUGGACGCCUAUCCACGCACCGUCCAAGACAAGUUCGGGCCAGUCCGUGUCCUGUAAUACCGACAGGCUCGAGGAAUGUUCGCUGCACCUCCACUCAGUCACCGAUGCACACAACUUUGGCCGCAUCUUCUCGUCUCCUGCGCCUGGAUUUGUGAUGGGUGUGGGCUCGAUUGGGCCUAAUCUUCUUCCCUACGAGGACUGCGACACGUUUUUGAGCUCGGAUGGUGGAGUCACGUGGACCAUGAUUCAGAAAGAUGCCCACAAAUAUGCCUUUGGGGACUCGGGCAGUAUAUUGGUGGCCGUCAAUGACGAAGACGGAGUCAGCUCGCUCAAAUACUCUCUCAACCUCGGUCUCAAAUGGGAAACCUACGAUUUCGGUAUCAAAUUGCGUGCGCGUGCACUCGUGACACUUCCGGACUCGACCUCACAGAAGUUCAUCUUGCUUGGACAAGUUGCGCGGAAAGACCAAACCGGGGGCAUUGGCAAAUACGUCACCCUGUUUUUGGAUUUCGCGAAGACGCGUCAACGCAAAUGCGGCGAUUCUGACUUUGAGAAAUGGUAUGCACGGACGCAUGACAGCCAAUGUCUUAUGGGACACAAGCAAUGGUAUCGCCGGCGGAAACCGGACGUGGAUUGUUACGUCGGUGACAAGUUCACGGACCCUGUCGUCCACGAGGACUCUUGCGCGUGCACAGACGCCGAUUACGAAUGCGACUACAACUUCAUCAAGGACGGUGACAAAUGCGUGCCAGCAGGGCCUGAACCGAUCGAGGCGGGCUUGUGUAAAACGCCGGAUCAGACUUACAUGGGUUCCUCUGGCUUCCGCAAGAUCCCCGGAAACACUUGUACCGGUGGAAGCAAGGAUGAGCCAGUUGAGAAGCCUUGUUCGCAAGCUCAACCCGCUGAAGGGGACAUAGUUCAUCAAACGGUGGAGUUCUCUAUCUUUGGAUCUCGUUUUUUGCUUGCUGACGGAGUCCUCCAGUUCACAUUCAAGAGCGAAAUCACGCAGCAUGCUUACUUUGAGAAAUCUACGACUAUGCUAGCCCGCCUUCGAGACGGCAGUAUCUGGCAAUCCAGCAACGAAGGCUACACAUGGGACCAGAAGAUGCCCAACGAUAAAUUUAUGGCGUUCUACCAUCACAAAUACAGCCCGGAUCGCGCUUACCUGAUCACCAACACCAAAAAGUUCUAUUCGACAACAGACAGCGGACGGACUUGGAACGAGUUUAUGGCUCCGAGUCCGCCAAACACAUUCCGCGGCCAAGUGCUCCGAUUCCAUCCCGACUCUGAUGACUCGUUGAUCUGGGUCGGAAACGUCGACUGCGAGGGUUCCCUGCCCAUCAACUGCCACGCAGAAGCUCAGUAUACACGUGACAAUGGGCGGCAUUGGACUUUUGUGGAGAACUAUGUGGUGAACUGCGCCUGGGCAAAGGAUGGCAAGCUCAACGCCGAUCCCACUGAGAUUCUCUGCGAGUCAUACCGGGACAAGCAAGGAUCACAGCGGUUGUUCGGGGGCGGGAACCCAUUGGCUUUGGUUGAGGGCCAAGGCUAUUUCACGCGGAAGAAGCAGCUGUUUGAACGAGUUGUUGGAUUUGCCAAGUUCUCCGAAUUCUUGAUCGUAGCCGAGGUGCUUCCAGAGAAGAAGUCGUUGGAUCUGCAGGUAUCUAUGGAUGGUGUGCAAUUUGCACCAGGAAUGUUCCCUCCCAGCAUGCAUCCCGAUUCUCAUGCUUACACUGUCUUGGAAUCGAGCACGGGCUCUCUGUUCCUGCACAUGACCAUGUCAGAGGCGCCGCACCCGUACUGGGGCAACAUCCUCAAGUCCAACUCAAACGGCACCUAUUUCGGACUCUCCGUGGAGAACGUGAACCGAGACGAGCGUGGAUUUGUCGACUUUGAGAAAAUGAUCGGAUUGGAUGGCAUUGCACUGAUCAAUGUGGUUUCGAAUCCCGACGAAGCUGCACUGACAGGGCGCAAGACCUUACAGUCUAGAAUCACGCACAACGACGGCGGUACUUGGAAACAACUCACUGCGCCAGCGGUCGACUCGCACGGCAAAAAGUACGACUGCAAAAGCACGGGCUGCUCGCUGCAUAUCCAUGGUUACACUGAACGCCCCGAUCCGCGAGCCACUUACAGCAGCCCUUCCAUCGUCGGACUGCUGAUGGCAGUCGGCAACGUUGGAGACCAUCUCCUUCCAUACGACCAAAGCGACACCUUCCUCAGUCGUGACGCGGGAUUCACAUGGGAGGAGGUGCACAAAGAUGCCCAUCUCUGGGAGUUUGGUGACUCGGGGUCUAUCUUGGUCAUGGCCAACGAUGAGGAGCCAACAGACCAUGUGCUGUUCAGCACGGAUGAAGGUCUCAAUUGGAGGGAGUACAAGUUCUCCGAAAAGAAGAUGCGCAUCAAGUCGAUUGUCACCGUGCCGUCCGAUACCAGCCGCCGUUUCAAUCUAAUCGGUCACAUGGGUCGCCAGUCUGCCACCACCAUUGUUCAUCUUGACUUCACUGCCCUUACAUCGAGGCAAUGCGUCCUCAACAUCGAAAAUCCUGGUAACGAUGACUUUGAGCUGUGGAGCCCGAGCGAAGAACGGACAGAACAGUGCCUCUUCGGCCGUCAGACUCUCUAUCACAGACGCGUGCGAGAUACAAAUUGCGUUGUUGGGCAGCAGGAUAAGGCUCAGGAGCGGAUCGAGAAGAACUGCGUCUGCGUUCGGUCUGAUUUCGAAUGCGAAUUCAACUACUUUAAGGAUGAGCAUGACAAUUGUGUGCUUGCACCAGGGACAACGCCUCUACCGGACGACGACUCGUGCCGGAACGGGGAAGAGUACUGGUACGAGCGGACGCCCUAUCGCAAGAUUUCGUACUCGAGCUGUGAGGGUGGCGACCGCCCUGAUCGUGGCCCUGAGCACCGGUGCCCCGGCAUCGCAGGGCACAGUUUCUUCUUUUGGUUCUUUGUCUUCCUGUUCCCGAUCGCGUUUGCUACAACCGUUGGGCUGUGGUACUACAAGUCCAGGGGUCUUGCUCGAGGAAGUAUCCGACUUCCGGGAGGAGAUAACUCGAACUUCCACCAGCCAGGAGGAAUGUUGGAUACUCUCGCUUCGGUUCCUUGGUUUGUCAUUGGCAUGGUUGGUAUUGCCUGGGAAACUGCGACCUCGCGGUUCCGAACACGGUUCCCGAAUCGCAGAGGUUAUCGCAAUCUUCCUGUCGACGAAGACGCGCAGGUUCUCCGGUUCGAGGAUGAGGAAUGAGUGAACGGGAAGAGGGGAGGGCUCCACUAUGCACAUCCUCCUAUGUAGAGUAACCGAAUCUAUUUAUUAGUUCUUCAACUACUGUACUCUAAAAACCAGAUAAUGGAUGGUCAGUCGACGACGUGUAAGAUACGUGCCCACAAAACAGCUGCAAACACCGGUUUUCGACUCUCCAACUCUCAUCAUGAAUCCCGCCGUCCAGAACCUCGUUAUCUCGCUCGGUGCCAUGCAAUUGGCCAGGAAAAUCAACUUCGACGACCCACAGAUUCUGACGUACACCCGUAUUGCGUAUGUCGGGGUCCAAGUCGCCGUCCUGGCGCUGUACUACUUCAUCUCCCUGGCCAUCAAGCGCAAGAAUGACCAGACCGUUCUCAAAUAUGUGGAGCCGCCGAGUCCCUUGUCGCAGGAGGAGGGCAAACUCAUCACCACGACCGUGCGGGACUACGAUCUUGCGGAGACGUCUAAGCUUCUCCGCUCGGUGUACAUGGGCAUCGCCAUGAUGGGCUUCCUCCACGGGUACAUGAAGUACACGCAGCCGCUGUUCAUCCAGUCCAUCAUGGGCCUCAAGGGCGCCUUCGAGGCCAUCCCGGUCAAGGUGCACAUCUUGGGACAGAAGGCCGAGGGCGACCUCAAGCGGCCGUGGAAAGCCGCCCCGAGCAUGUUUGCCGGCGCAGCGAACCCCCAGACGGACAACGCCGCGAUCACAGAGGCGGAGAAGCGUCCUGCCGGAACCAAGAAGGACGAGUAAGGGCCUGUAAGAGCCUGGUGGUCGGGGAAAAUACAUACUUCACACAUAGUUGGCGAACCUGUAGGACUGAGGUUCUGAUUGGUGUUAAUUGUAUCUGGUUGGCUUGUAUUCUCUAUGGAAGCACCGGAUACGUGCAAAAUCCUCCCAGCGUGAUCGUGAUUCGAAUGGACGGAC